AUGAAAAUUCUUAUUUGCUUAGUCCUUAUUGGAGCUGUCGGAGUAUCAUCUAAACCUAAACCUAGCGGUGGUUGGUCAUCCGGAGGAAGCGGUGGGGGAUGGUCAUCUGCAGGAGGAGGUGGUGGAGAUGUCCAGAUCUUAAAAGUGAUCACCGAAGAAGGUGGUGGCGGUGGAGGGGGCUGGUCUUCAAGCGGAAGUGAUUGGUCAUCGAGUGGUGGAGGUGGUGGAGGUGGUGGUUGGUCUUCGAGUGGAGGAGGGGGCGAUAGUAAUAUUAAGAUAGUAAAAAUUAUAAGUUUAGGAAAUGGAGGAGGAGGUGGAGGUGGAGGUGGUUGGUCAGCAAGUGGUGGAGGAGGUGGUGGUGGUUGGUCAUCAAGUGGUGGAGGAGGUUGGUCAUCAAGUGGUGGAGGAAGUGGUGGUCAAUCUACAAAAAUUAUAAAAAUCAUAAAACUUAGUGGAAGCAGCAGUGGAGGAGGAAGUGGAGGAUGGUCAUCAUCAGGUGGUUGGGACUAACAGGGUACUCAAAAUAUUUGCACUUUUGCACAAGUGAAUAUUUGUAAAUAUAAAUAAAAACUUACUAAAAACAGUCUUUAAAUAAAUUUGCAUC